AUGGUUGCUCGUAAUUCAGCGCAUGCCCCAGCUCACAAUCAUGCUGCUUUGACCACGCCUCCCGCCACGCCUCCGACAUCUCCGUCUCCUGCACCCAUUUCGAACCUGGAACAACGCAAUUCCUUGCUCUACAAACUCUUCCCACAGAAUGCGCACCAGUUUCAGGACAAGGCGAAGAGCGUGAUUGUCGAGAGCCUUCAGCCUAACGGAACUUGCAACAUAUGGGAGGGUUUCGUUCUUGAACACGUGCCCGUAAUUCCGGUACCAGCGACAGUGAAGGGGAGGAAGGGCCGUCCCCCGGUCAAAAUAGUAUCUCCCGCAUGUGCGCGUAUCUUGUACAUGAGCAUCCAGAACGCAUUUAAACAGCAAGACCGGAUCCGUGAGAGCAUUGUCGCGCUUCUGGAUCUUGCCAGCGAGCACCUGAAAUGUGAUUCCGUGGUGAUGGUUCUAGAACGGGACCAGCAGUUUGGGGAGUUGUUGCACUCGUUAAUGUAUGUUGGCGGCACGGUGGUUACCAAUCCUCCCUUUGCCGUUGACCCCCGGUUUGUCUUGGUUGGCAUUGAAAUCUAG